UAGAGUCAUAAUGCAAAAUACUGAAAAAGUACAGUAGAAAAAAAUCUAGCAGUGUACAAUGUAAAAGCAAGGGAAACUUAUCCUGAUUCAGCUAUGCUAUUAUUUCCUAGCAGGAGUUCAGCACCCCUAAGUAACAACAUGUUGGAGGGAAAGUUACCUAUAAAAGCAUCUGUUUUAUUUUCUGUUCUUUCAUUUCAGUCAGAAUCUUUGACCAUACCUUUACUAUAUUCAAAACAGAUUAAGUAAAACAAAUAUCACUUAAAGGAAUUUCUAUCACAAUGUUUAUAUUUGCACUUUUCUUUGUAUUAACAGCGUUUAUAUAUAUGAAUGACACAGUUGCUCAAGUAACAGAUGAUGAAAAUUGUGAAACACUACAGUCAGAAGUACAUAUUACAAAAGAUCAAUAUGAUGAAAUAGGUCGAUUAAAACGAACAUGUAGUGGAGAUAUAACUGUUACAAAAUGUGAAGGGUUUUGCAGUUCACAGGUACAACCAAGUGUUGCAAGUACAACAGGAUUCUCAAAGGAAUGUUAUUGCUGUCGUGAGAGUUAUUUAAAAGAAAGGCACAUCACACUACACCAUUGUUAUGAUGCAGAUGGAAUAAAAUUAAUGAAUGAAGAAGAUGGAGUAAUGGAAAUCAAGAUAAGAGAACCAGCAGAAUGUAAAUGUAUUAAAUGCGGUGAUAUAUCCCGAUAAAUAUGAAAAUAUUUUAUAAAAGCAUUAAUAAAAUAUAAAAUAGAAAUUAUAUGUAAUACAAAUAAUGUGAUUUAAAAUAAAAACAUAGAACAUA